AGGUCAGGGGGUUCAAGGCCCGCUCUCAGCAAUGCCUCCUCUGGCCAGGUUUCUGUAGACCCACCCCGUGCCAUGGCAGCCUACCUACUUCGCAUCUGUGCCCUCUUCCUGAUCUUGCUUGACAUAGCCCAAGGCUCUAGGGGCCCUGUGGCACCCAACCAGCCCUUCAUCACCAUCUGGAAUGCAGACACCCAGUGGUGCCUGGAAAAGCAUGGCGUGGAUGUGGAUGUCAGUGUCUUUGAUGUGGUGGCCAACCCGGAGCAGACCUUCCGCGGCCCUGACAUGACCAUCUUCUACAGUGACCAGCUGGGCACCUACCCCUACUACACACCUGCUGGGGAGCCUGUGUUUGGUGGCCUACCCCAGAACGCUAGCCUGGAUACUCACCUGGCCCGCACAUUCCGGGACAUCCAGGCUGCCAUACCUGCACCUGACUUCUCAGGGCUAGCGGUCAUUGACUGGGAGAAAUGGCGCCCACGCUGGACCUUCAAUUGGGACACCAAGGACAUUUACCGGCAGCGCUCACGGGCACUAGUACAGACACAGCACCCUGACUGGCCAGCUCCUCGGGUGGAGACAGCAGCCCAGGACCAGUUCCAGGGGGCUGCGCAGGCCUGGAUGGCAGGCACUCUCCAGCUGGGGCAGGCACUACGUCCUCGUGGCCUCUGGGGCUUCUACGGCUUCCCUGACUGCUACAACUAUGACUUUCUAAGCCCCAAUUACACAGGCCAGUGCCUACCAGACAUCCGUGCCCAGAACGACCUGCUAGGGUGGCUGUGGGGCCAGAGCGAUGCCCUCUACCCUAGCAUCUACAUGCCUGCAGCGAUGGAAGGCACAGGGAAGGCACAGAUGUAUGUGCAGCACCGUGUGGGUGAGGCAUUCCGCGUGGCUAUGGCUGCCGGGAACCUCACUUUGCCAGUGCUGCCCUAUCUCCAGAUCUUCUAUGACAAGACAAACCGCUCUCUGCCCCUGGAGGAGCUGGAGCACAGCCUGGGGGAAAGUGCAGCUCAGGGGGCAGCAGGAGUGGUGCUCUGGGUCAGUUCGGAAAACACAAGAACCAAGGAAUCAUGCCAGGCCAUCAAGGAGUAUGUGGACACCACACUGGGGCCCUUCAUCCUUAAUGUGACCAGUGCAGCUCUUCUCUGCAGUCAAGUCCUGUGCUCUGGCCAUGGCCGCUGUGCCCGUCGCCCAAGCCACCCUGAGGCCCUCCUCAUCCUCAACUGCAUCAGUUUCUCCAUUCAGCUGACACCUGGUGGUGGACCUCUGACCCUGCAGGGUGCCCUCUCACUUGAGGAUCGGGUGCAAAUGGCUGUGGAGUUCAAAUGUCGCUGCUACCCUGGCUGGCGGGGAGCAUGGUGUGAGCAGCAGAGCAGGUGGUGAGUGGUCACACACAGGGUUGCAUACACUGAGCAUCUAAUGCACUCGGGUCUGACCACAGCUUCCUCAAAUACAGGCACAGUCACACAGGUCAUGGUCACAGUCAGAAUAAUAUUCAGCCACCGUCUUGGGCACAUGCCCUGCACACACAUGCACAUUGAUUACAGACCAGGAUAGUCUCAUGAGGAGUUAGAACCAUGGAAGACACCAUCCACUGCAUGUCCAAAUGCAUGUACUUGGCAGGGUCACAGACAAUCCUCCAGAGAUACUGAGCCCAUCUUUGAACUGCGGCAAUCACAAAAGAUGACAUUCGCUGAACACCUACUCUUUGCCAAGCCAUGUGCUAAGCACUUUAAGCAGUAUACCUCAUUCAGUCCUCACAAGGAGGCUGUGAGGAAACCGAGGCACCCACAGGGAGGGUAAGCACUUUGCCCAAGGUCGCACAGCAAGAAAAGGGAGAAGCUGAUUCAAACCCAGGCUGUUUGGCUCCAGAGGUAGAGCCCUGGCAGUCGUACUGUGUGUUGAUGGUAACCAGCCCUGCACGACCCCUGAAUCCACUGAGAGGCACCAGCUUCACAAAGCCCAGCAAAUAAAGCAGUCAUGAUUUACUUA